AAAUUAAAGUUUUUAUCGUGCGCUUCUACCUUCAUAAGUAUUGAGAUUAUUGUCAAUAUACAUACAUACUAAUACAUAAGUAAGCAAAAAUUUGUAUAUUCGUUCUUGGUUGGCUAACAAAUUUAAGGAAUUCGAAAUGUCCGAUUGGGAUACAGUUGUCACUCUGAGGAAAAAGGCACCUAAAGCUUCAACUUUAAAAAGUGAACAGGCAGUUAACGCAGCCCGAAGGCAAGGCGCUGUUAUAGAAACGCAACAAAAGUGGGGUGCAGGAAGUAACAAACAACAUGUGGCUGCUAAAAAUACAGCGAAAUUGGAUAGAGAGACUGAAGAGCUGCGUCAUGAACAUGUACCACUAGAAGUCGGAAAACUAAUUCAAAAAGGUCGUCAAGCAAAAAACAUGAGUCAGAAAGAACUAGCAACAAAGAUAAAUGAAAAACCACAAGUAAUUACAGACUACGAGGCAGGACGUGGAAUUCCAAAUCAAGUAAUAAUCGGAAAGAUUGAAAAGGUAAUUGGAUUAAAGUUACGUGGAAAAGAUCGUGGACAAGAACUGUUGCCCCCUGGGCAGAAGAAAUAAAGCAUCAGGGGGCUACAACGAAGUGUAUUUAAACCAGUUCUAGAGAGGAACUAUUUAUUAUUCUGAUAAUGUCAAAUGAAUAUAUGAAAUUAGUCAUGUCAAUGUUUGUAGUUAUAUUUGGAUGUUAGGUUUUGUAUUUGCACACUUUUGUUUGAAAUUAAUUUUUUAUAAUUCAUGUAUAUUGAAGUUGCAAAUAUUAAAAUAAUGUCCAUUUUAACAAUUU